AUGACGGCUCCUGGGACGUCCUACGGGUUUCGGGUGCGCGUGGGCGGCCAAUUCGAGGCCACCAGUGUAGAGCACUCUUCAGAUGUAAGGAAACCGCUACACCGUAAACCAAAAGAGCCAAUAGAAACCAAUUACGCGAAUAAGCAUCGCUGUAUCUGCCCGGCGCGCUUCAUGGAAACAAUCGGACAAACGAACGGCCGAGAUAAGGCGAGGGGCGUCACGUCACGCGUGCCCGCCUCGACGGGCGCGUGCGGCUCCUUCACUUUCCACCAUUCCUCACCGAUGCCGGCAGCGCAUAUGCAACCUCCCUCGUGUGGCCAAUGCCCUCGACUCCUAAUUCGAACUCCUAUGGAGGAGAAUGGAGGGCUGACAGCAAUACCAUUGGACACUGGC